AAAUUUCCUUAAUCUUAUUUAAAAGAAAUAUUUUAAAUUUCAACACAGUAAUAUAAAUAUCUUUAGUAUGAUCGAAAUAACAGAUUUACAAAAAAUUGGAAUAGGUCUGGCCGGUUUUGGCGUUUCAUUUCUAUUUUUGGGUGUUCUAUUUCUUUUUGACAAGGGACUUUUAGCAAUAGGAAAUAUUUUAUUCUUAUCUGGUUUGGGUUGUGUGACUGGUUUGGAGCGUACUUUUCGUUUUUUCUUCCAACGUCACAAAUUUAAAGGCACUAGCGCUUUUUUUGGUGGAAUUUUUGUAGUUCUAAUGGGCUACCCUUUAAUUGGUAUGAUAAUUGAAUCCUAUGGAUUUUUCGCUUUAUUUAGCGGGUUUUUCCCUGUGGCUAUUGGCUUUCUCAGUCGAGUUCCAAUUUUGGGUUCAUUGAUUAACCGACCAUUCAUGCAAAGACUUAUUCAAAAACUUGGCGGUGAUGCAAAUCGAACGACGGUAUAGUUUUAGAAAUACAAAUUUAUUCUGCUUGUUAAUAAAAUUCUCAUCCAAGGAUUUACAUAAUGUAAAUUUGGUUAAUUUUAUGUGAAAAUUGAAUAAGUACACAAAAUCUUAAAAUACUUAUUAAUGUUUUUCAUGCCACUUUUUUUACCUUCAUAUCAAUCUCUACAUGCUAAUUUAUAUAUAUAUAUAUAUACUGUAAGUUAGCUUUUAUCUAUUUUAUUAACGGUUGGUAUUAUUUUUUUCCU